AUGAUCCCCGAACUUGAUAACAUUGAUGAACCAUUCCAAAAGGAAGAAUGGGUGGUGGAGAAGAUGAAUAUGAUCGUUACGCACACAGAUACGGCAACGGAUGAACUAUCUACGGAUGAAAAUGUACGCAAUGCAUCCCGCACGUUCCGUCAAUUAUUCGACGUUCCACCAUCAGAACGUUUCGUCAGCUGUAAGUGCUAUUGUCGCAAAUUCUCAUGA